AUGGGGAGCAUAUUGGAAGAGUCGAUGCUGGAAACGUGCAGCAUGCCUUUCGAAAAUCGACCGCGACUUCCCCGCAUUCCCCUUAGUAAGCGAAAUCGGGCUGUCGUGCGGGCUCUUUACCCAAUGCUGGUGACCUAUUUGGAAGCCAGCCGGGACCUUUACGAGACGGACUCAAUUCUUUUUGGCGCCGCACUGGCAGUAUGCCGUAUUAUUGGCGCCAAACUUCUCAUGGCUGGACGUGCUACUCAACAAAGUAGCGCCAUUCCAGCCUGGAGAAAAAGAAUCGAGGACCGUAUCGCAAAGGCAAGGGCCCUUAUCGGCAGACUGACAAGCUUCAGGUCGGGUAAUAAUAGACCGAGAGUUGUGUGCACCGUUAGAAUGGAGUUUGCUGGGACAAAUAUUAGUUUGUCCCAGCCGGAUAUCACGCAGAAACUAACGGAGCGCAUAGAUGACCUGAAGCAAAAAAUCGCUGCUUGGGGGAAGCGGAUUCGACGAUUUAGCGAGAGGUCAAGGCGGUUCAACCAGAAUCGUCUCUUCCAGAGUGAUCAGAAGAGGCUCUAUAAAUCAUUAGAGCGACCAGAGGUGUGUGGAGCGGGCCCAGGACCGGAUCAGGCUGACACUGUCGCAUUUUAG